GUAUAAAUGAAAAAAAGUAAUUGAUCAAAAUAUGACUAAAACAAUAGGAAAAUUCUAUAAUAGGAGUAAACUUUAAUUUAUUCCCAAAAUAGGAGUUUAUAAAUGUGUCACCGGAUUCCUCUUCCUCGUCUCUUCUGCGACCACAACUACUCUCUCCUCCGUCUGCAGGUGAGUUUGAUUUCUCCAAACUUCCCGACGAAUAGCGAGUAGCCAGGGUUUGAGACCUCCGCCGAUGCUGUGUGGAAAGAAUAGCGAUCGAAUGGAGAACGAAGCGGGAUCAGGAGAGCAAACGUCACAGAGAAAGGCACUGGAGAGAGAGGGAGCCUUUUCUCAGUCAAUCAAGGCGCUCCACGACGGGGAUGGGGAGUCGGCGGCAGCGGGUGCAGGCAGCGUGGAGAAAUUGACCGAUCAGUAUGACAGGCUGGUUUUGGGGUGUUUGGAGGAUGAAUUGUUGCUGGAUGACGAGGACGAGGCGGAACCCGAUCCUGCAGCAGUGAACAAGGGGGUGGACACCUUCCCCUUGGUCAGUACGAUCCUCACGGACAAAGUUGUGAAAUUCCAAAUCUUCUGGGAUUUGAUGGUGUCUCUGUGGUGUCCGGGUAAAGGUGUACUGAUUCAAGAGAUUGGGGAAUUGAAAAGAGGUAUCUGUUUACUUUUUAUCACAUAAUUGAUAUGAAUCGUGUGCUGGAUAAUGGUCCCUGGUUGUUUGAUCAGAACCUGUUAGUGUUGAAAGCUAUUAAGCAGGGAGAUGCAUUUAAGAGUGCCCCUAGAUACGGCUGAUUUUUGGGUACAGGUGCACAACAUCCCCUAUGGAUAUUCAAAUCUGGGUAAUGCCCGUAAAAUUGGGAAUCACUUGGGAAAAUUUAUUUCCUGGGAUGACAAACAAUUUGACAAAAAAUGGGAAGCCUAUAUACAGGGGCGUAGCUAGGAUUGAAGGUUAGGCUGGGCCGGUACAAAGAAUUUUUCUGAUAAUUUUUUUUCACAUAAAUUUUUAGACUAAAAAUACAAAGAAUUUUCAAAUUUGGGGCGGGCUGUGGCCCGGUUGGCCACCCCUCUAGCUCCGCCCCUGCCAAUAUAGGGUGCGGGUGAUGUUGGAUGUGAGGAAACCCUUAAAAGUGGGAACAACUCUAAAAAGGGCAAUGGGGAAGGUUGCCGGGUUGACUUCAAUUAUGAGAAGCUUCCUAGCUUUUGUUUUGCGUGCGGAGUUAUACGACAUGAUGAAAAAUUUUGCCCCUUAAUGUAUGAAAAGGGGGAUAAGGUUGUUGCGAGGUCCUUUGGACCAUGGCUGCGGGC